AUGGAACAGGGCCUGACUGUAGCACCGGUGCUGUCUUCACCAGACGACGUCAUUCUCGAAACAGCCACAACCGAAGUCAUCCAGUCGACCCUCACAGACGACCAAGUGAAGACGACAUACGAACUCGAACGAGCGGCGAAAGAGAUUCGCGAGAGAGGAUGCAAGAGAAUUGCACUACAGUUUCCAGACCAUAUGCUGGUCGAUGCUCCCAAAGUAUCCCAGCUCCUGGAGGCUGAGAUCGUUACUGCGACACCCGACGCACGCAUAUGCAUUCUCGCCGACACAAGCUACAGCGCAUGCUGCGUUGAUGAAGUCGCAGCGGAACAUGCUGAUGCUGACAUGGUGAUUCACUAUGGCAGAACCUGUCUGAGUCCGACGAGUAGACUGCCCGCCAUUUAUAUCUACACAAACCAUGCCCUCGACCACGCCGCUGUAGUGGAACAGUUCGGACAACAAUUCCCCGACAAGAGCGCCAAGGUUGUCCUAGCUGCCGAUCUUACAUAUCAGAAUCACGUGGAGGAUAUUUCCAAGUUGCUCAAAGAAGCAGGAUACACAAACUUUAUCGCGACCGAAGCUAUACGAGACCCUGCAGCUGUCAUUCCCAACAGAAAGCUAGUAGUAGACACCCCAGUCACAGACGACCAACUCCAAGACUACGCGCUAUUCCAUAUUUCCGACCCUCCUACCGCUCUUCUUCUUGCACUUAAGUCCCGAUUUGCUUCGCUACAUGUACUUUCUACGGAGGGCCCGUCGCUGGGCGUCAGCGACCCGACUAUGCAAGCGGCUGGUCUCCUUCGCCGCCGAUUUGCCAAGGUCUUGACCCUCGCAUCGGCAGGCGUUAUUGGCAUCCUGGUGAACACGCUGUCUGUUUCAAAUUACCUCAAGUCCAUUGAUAUCCUGCGCGACAAGAUUGCCAAGGCCGGAAAAAAGAGCUACACCAUUGUAGUAGGCAAGCUGAACCCCGCCAAGCUGGCCAACUUUUCUGAAAUCGAGGGCUGGGUGGUCGUUGGAUGCUGGGAGAGUGGUCUCGUCGAGGACGACACUGCGUACUGGCGACCUGUCAUUACUCCCUUUGAGAUGGAGGUUGCGCUGAUGCGAGAAGACGAGAGAGUCUGGGGAGGCGAGUGGUGGGGUGGUGUGGAGAAGCUGUCUCUUGAAGAUGCACCCGUCGAGGAAGCCGCCAAUGGUGACAAGGCUGGUGAUGAGCACGACGAUCUAGAUGAGGAAGAGUCGCUUCCUCCCGAGUUUGACUUGCGAACUGGCCGUCUCGUCAGUCACAGUCGCCCAAUGCGACAAAACCCAGCAAAGAGCAGCAGCACAACGACAAAUGGUGAGCCUGGCACCUAUGCUAAGAAUGGUAGCGGCUCGCUUAUCAAGAGAACCGUUGGCGAGCUCGCUAGUAUUAACGGUGUCGUCAGCCCUGGCGCGGAAUACCUCCGAUCUCAGCGAACAUGGCAGGGUCUCGGCAGCGACUUUGACAAUGAGGCGAGCACACUGGUGGAAGAAGGCCGCAGCGGUGUUGCGCGGGGCUACGUGGUGGGCGAUGACGAAAACAAGCACUAA